AUGGCUACCUGGGAAAGUGAACAACAAACGACAACGUCGGCUCCCCAAGUAAAGUUUGAGACUUCUCCCGCCGAGUCUCUCCUCUCAGUACCUGGCGACGCAUACCCUUCUCUAUUCGCUACGUCUUCUACAUUGAAUCCUCUAGAGAGCGUUAUGACUCCUCAGUCAACUACCGACGAGAAGCUUGCCUACUCGGCAUCAGUUCAAUCCACCCCUUCCCCGGCUCCGGAAAACCCGGAAAAGAAGCCGGUCAAGAAGCGGAAGUCGUGGGGCCAGGUCCUCCCCGAGCCCAAGACUAACCUACCUCCGAGGAAACGGGCCAAGACCGAAGAUGAGAAAGAGCAACGACGAGUCGAGCGAGUUCUAAGGAAUCGUCGUGCAGCCCAAUCUUCUCGUGAGCGUAAGCGUCAAGAGGUGGAAGCCUUAGAACAAAGGAAUCGUCAGCUGGAAGAACUUUUGCUCAACCAGCAGAAAACUAAUGAAAUGUUGAUGGAUGAAUUAAAUAAACUUCGACGAGGCUCCGGUGUCAGCCGGAGCUCGUCCCCCUUAGAUGGCUUUCAGCCUUCUCCACUCACACUAUCUCAGCCGUUAUUUGGUUCAUCUCAGGAUGGCACGGCUCAAGACAAGUCUGGCAUGAUGAAUGAUUUUAUCCUCAUGCCCGAACAGGACGGCACUGUCGACCCUGCUUCUCUAUCCCCCGAAUUAACCCCUGUCCCUGACACUCUUCCCGAAUCGUCGACGACUGAACAAGUCGCGACGGUCCCCGCUCCUGCGGCUACUUCCGACGAGACACAACAUCCAGCAGCGGUGUUGUGCGACCUGCAGUGUCCUACUGUCACUCUUCCUGCAGCUUCAGGCGCUGCUGACAGCCUCUUCGGUAAUGAUUUCAGCCUUUCGGCACCCUUUGACGUUGAUACGUGGGGCUCUCAAGGCGAAUUUAGUCCUUCAUCCGACCCCCUCGAUUUUGAGUACAAUAAUCUGGCUGGUAACUCGACCCCCCAGUUUCCGGACUUCGACUUCGACCAGUUCCUCAGCACCGACGAUGUCAGCGGCGCAGCUCCAGGCGCGACCGCGGGAAGCGACUCGGUUACCCAAGAACACCCGGACCCAGCCUUCGGCCUUUUUGACUCUGAGAAUCAGAUCCCUUCGGAAGCUCUUAACCAGCAGCCCCAUCUUGGCGCGUCCGCUCAAGGAUGCGACGAUGGAGUUAUUGCGGGCGACCAGAGCCGUGGACCGCAGACGUGGCCAGACGGCACCAGCUUACCGUCGCGAGAGGUAUUGAUCACACUACUGUGGGCAAUUACUGUCGAAGAACGGAAACUAUUAGUAUCGGAGGAGGCGACUAUAGUCUCCUCGCCAGACUCCAGACUCGGAUUAUCAAGCAUCCCUGGACAACAGACACCAAAACACAACUUUGUAUUGUCGGUGACUACCACAUCAAAACGGAAAGGAGAAAUGACGGAUCUGGGCAGCGGAAAGCGGAUUAGGCUUUCUCCGUAG